GAGCACCAAUCACGCCGUGAGAAACUAGUCCCUUUGGAAUGUGCUUCUUUGCUUCCAAACAAUUGUUGUUGGAAUCUGCAUUUUCCCUUUUCUUAAAAACACAAGAGGCUCGGCAACAUUGUCAGAUAUUUAUUUUGGCUGCAACGUCUUAAAUUUAGGAGUAAUCCUCUCGCUGAAGGAGAGCGAAUGCAAUCAGAUAAAACAAUAGCCGGGCGGUCGAGCGCUUUGGAGAAAGAAACUGAGAGGAAUACGGGAAAAGGGGGGAGGGUUGACAUUUUUCUCCCGGCGGAAGGAGACGAAUCGAGAGCCAGCGUGUUGUUGCGCUCAGGCAGCCGAAUCAGGGAUUUGGAAUCGCAGCGCCGCCGAGGCUGAGCGCGAGCAGAAUGGAACUGAGAAUAAUUACAGAUACAUUGUAGCCAGAACCCAGAAUCAUCCAACAAGCCGAUAAUUCACAGGACAGAACUCAGCCGAGCGAUGGUAUCCCCGCGCUGAAGAGGAGCGGCGGGGACAAGAGAAAACGGGAGAAAUAUGGGCGCCGUUCUGCGGAGUCUGUUGUGGUGUAGUUUUUGUUCGCUGAUACGUGGUACCCCCCUCCUCUUGUACGCCAACCGGCGGGACCUGCGGCUGGUGGACGCGGCGCAGGGGCGGGGCAACGCCACGGUGGUGGUGAGCGGGCUGGAGGACGCGGCGGCGGUGGACUACGUCUACGCCCAGGGCCUCAUCUACUGGAGCGACGUCAGCGAGGAGGCCAUCAAGCGCACCGGCUUCAACCGCUCGGGCGGGGCCGGGGGCGGGGCCGCGCAGACCGUGGUGGUCUCCGGCCUGCACUCCCCGGACGGCCUGGCCUGCGAUUGGCUGGGGCUCAAGCUCUACUGGACCGACUCGGAGACCAACCGGAUCGAGGUGGCCGAGCUGGACGGGUCUCUGAGGAAGGUGCUUUUCUGGCAGGACCUGGACCAGCCCAGGGCCAUCGCCCUGGACCCAGCGAGGGGGUACAUGUACUGGACGGACUGGGGCGAGAUCCCUAAGAUCGAGCGGGCGGGGAUGGACGGGGCCAGCCGCUCGGUCAUCGUGGACAGCGGCAUCUACUGGCCCAACGGCCUGACGCUGGACUACAGCGAGCAGAAGCUGUACUGGGCCGACGCCAAGUACAGCGUCAUCCACCGCUCCAGCCUGGACGGCACCGGCAGGGAGGUGGUAGUGAAAGGCUCCCUGCCUCACCCCUUCGCCCUGACGCUGAGCGAGGACACGCUGUUCUGGACGGACUGGAACACGCACUCCAUCCACUCCUGCCACAAGGGCACGGGCGAGGACCGGCGCGAGGUGCACACCAACAUCUUCUCCCCCAUGGACAUCCACGUCUUCAGCCAGAACCGACAGCCCCUGGCGGCGACCAGCCCCUGCAUGCUGAAGAACGGCGGCUGCUCGCACCUGUGUCUGCUCUCCCCUGUGAAGCCCUUCUACCAGUGCGCCUGCCCCACCGGCGUGCAGCUGCUGGACGACCACAGGACCUGCAGAGAGGGCGCCACCCAGCUGCUGCUCCUGGCGCGGCGGACGGACCUCCGGCGCAUCUCGCUGGACACGCCCGACUUCACCGACAUCGUCCUGAAGGCGGAGGACAUCCGGCACGCCAUCGCCAUCGACUACGACCCGGUGGAGGGGCUGGUGUACUGGACGGACGACGAGGUGCGGGCCAUCCGCCGCGCCCGCCUGGACGGCGCCGACGGGCAGCUGGUGGUGACCUCGCAGGUCAGCCACCCCGACGGCAUCGCCGUGGACUGGGUCGCCCGCAACCUGUACUGGACCGACACCGGCACCGACCGCAUCGAGGUCACCCGCCUCAACGGCACCAUGCGCAAGAUCCUGGUGUCCGAGGACCUGGACGAGCCCCGCGCCAUCGCGCUGGACCCCGUGGCAGGGUACAUGUACUGGACGGACUGGGGCGAGAUCCCCAAGAUCGAGCGGGCGGCUCUGGACGGCACGGACCGCGUGGUGAUGGUCAACACCUCCCUGGGCUGGCCCAACGGCCUGGCGCUGGACUACGCUGAGAGCAAGAUCUACUGGGGAGACGCCAAGACCGACAAGAUAGAGGUGAUGGACAUGGACGGGACGGGGCGGCGGGCGCUGGUGGAGGACAAGCUGCCCCACAUCUUCGGCUUCACGCUGCUGGGCGACUUCGUGUACUGGACCGACUGGCAGAGGCGGAGCAUCGAGCGCGUGCACAAGCGCUCGGCCGAGCGUGAGGUCAUCAUCGACCAGCUGCCCGACCUCAUGGGCCUCAAGGCCACCUACGUGCACAAGACCUUCGGCACGAACCCGUGCGCGGAGAACAACGGCGGCUGCAGCCACCUGUGCCUGUUCCGGCCGCAGGGCGUGCAGUGCGCCUGCCCCAUCGGCCUGGAGCUGAUCGGGGACCUGAGCACCUGCAUCGUGCCCGAGGCCUUCCUGCUCUUCUCCCGCCACACCGACAUCCGCCGCAUCUCCCUGGAGACCAACAACAACAACGUGGCCAUCCCGCUCACCGGCGUCAAGGAGGCCUCCGCCCUCGACUUCGACGUGACCGACAACCGCAUCUACUGGACCGACAUCACGCUGAAGACCAUCAGCAGGGCCUUCAUGAAUGGCAGUGCGCUGGAGCACGUGGUGGAGUUCGGCCUGGAUUACCCAGAGGGCAUGGCGGUGGACUGGCUGGGGAAGAACCUGUACUGGGCCGACACCGGGACCAACCGCAUCGAGGUGGCCAAGCUGGACGGGCAGCACCGGCAGGUCCUGGUGUGGAAGGACCUGGACAGCCCUCGAGCUCUGGCUCUGGACCCGGCCGAGGGCUUCAUGUACUGGACCGAGUGGGGGGGCAAGCCCAAAAUCGACCGCGCGGCCAUGGACGGGACGGGCCGCAUCACCCUGGUGCCCAACGUGGGACGGGCCAACGGCCUGACCAUCGACUACGCCGAGCGGCGGCUGUACUGGACCGACCUGGACACCACGCUCAUCGAGUCGUCCAACAUGCUGGGCCAGGAGCGGGAGGUGAUCGCGGACGACCUGCCGCACCCCUUCGGCCUCACGCAGUACCAGGACUACAUCUACUGGACGGACUGGAGCCAGCGCAGCAUCGAGCGCGCCAACAAGACCAGCGGGCAGAACCGCACGGUCAUCCAGGGCCACCUGGACUACGUGAUGGACAUCCUGGUGUUCCACUCGUCCCGCCAGGGCGGCUGGAACGCCUGCGCCUCCACCAACGGCCACUGCUCCCACCUGUGCCUGGCCGUGCCCGUCAGCAGCUACGUGUGCGGCUGCCCCGCCCACUACUCGCUCAACGCCGACAACAAGACCUGCAGCCCUCCCACGUCCUUCCUGCUGUUCAGCCAGAAGACGGCCAUUAACCGCAUGGUGAUGGACGAGCAGCAGAGCCCCGACAUCAUCCUGCCCAUCCACAGCCUGCGCAACGUGCGGGCCAUCGACUACCACCCGCUGGACAAGCACCUGUACUGGAUCGACCUGAAGCAGAACGCCAUCCGCCGCUCCCAGGAGGACGGCAACCAGAGCAUGACGGUGGUGUCCAGCACGGCGGGCAGCCUGGGCCUGCAGCCCUAUGACCUCAGCAUCGACAUCUACAGCCGCUACAUCUACUGGACCAGCGAGGCCACCAACGUGAUCAACGUCACGCGCACCGACGGGCAGCGGGUGGGCGUGGUCCUGCGCGGGGAGCACGACAAGCCCCGCGCCAUCGUGGUCAACCCCGAGAGGGGGUACAUGUACUUCACCAACCUGCAGGAGCGCUCGCCCAAGAUCGAGCGUGCGGCGCUGGACGGGACGGAGCGGGAGGUGCUGUUCUUCAGCGGGCUGGGCAAGCCCGUCGCCCUGGCCAUCGACAACCAGGUGGACAAGCUGUUCUGGGUGGACUCGGACCUGCGCCGCAUCGAGAGCAGCGACCUGUCCGGGGCCAACCGGAUCGUGAUCGAGGACUCCAACAUCCUGCAGCCGGUGGGGCUGACGGUGUUCGGCAGCCACCUGUACUGGAUCGACCGGCAGCAGCAGAUGAUCGAGCGCAUCGACAAGACGACGCGCGAGGGGCGGACCAAGAUCCAGGCCCGCAUCGCCUCUCUGAGCGACAUCCACGCCGUGCGCGAGAUCGACAUGGCCGACUACAACAAGCACCCCUGCACCUCCGACAACGGCGGCUGCUCGCACAUCUGCAUCGUCAAGGGCGACGGCACCACGCGCUGCUCCUGUCCGGUCCACCUGGUGCUGCUGCAGGACGAGCUCUCCUGCGGCGAGCCCCCCACCUGCUCUCCGGAGCAGUUCUCCUGCGCCUCGGGGGAGGUGGACUGCAUCCCGCAGGCGUGGCGCUGCGACGGAUACCCCGAGUGCGACGACGGCAGCGACGAGCGGGACUGCCCCGUCUGCUCCUACUCCGAGUUCCAGUGCGACAGCCGGCAGUGCGUCGACAUGAGCCUGCGCUGCAACGGCGAGGUCAACUGCCAGGACCGCUCCGACGAGAACAAGUGCGAAGUUCGGUGCCCACCUGAUCAGAUCAGAUGUGCGAACGGCCAGUGCAUCGGGAAACACAAGAAGUGCGACCACAACACGGACUGCUCCGACAACUCUGACGAGCUGGGCUGCUACUCCACGGAGGAGCCGUCGGCCCAGCCCACCAACACCAUCGGCUCCAUCAUCGGGGUGAUCCUGGCGCUCUUCUUGGUGGGCGCCAUUUACUUCGUGUGCCAGCGGGUGCUGUGCCCGCACAUGAAGGACGAAGGGGAGACCAUGACCAACGACUUCGUGGUGCACGGGCCCUCCUCCGUACCCCUGGGAUACGUGCCGCACCCCAGCUCUCUGUCGGGGUCCCUGCCAGGCAUGUCCCGCGGGAAGUCGGUCAUCAGCUCCCUCAGCAUCAUGGGCGGGAGCAGCGGCCCCCCCUACGACCGCGCCCAUGUGACCGGAGCAUCCUCCAGCAGCUCUUCCAGCACCAAGGGCACCUACUUCCCCCCGAUCCUGAACCCGCCCCCGUCCCCCGCCACUGAGAGGUCCCACUACACCAUGGAGUUCGGCUACUCCUCCAACAGCCCCUCCACCCACCGCUCCUACAGCUACAGGCCGUACAGCUACCGGCACUUUGCCCCGCCCACCACGCCCUGCAGCACGGACGUGUGCGACAGCGACUACACGCCCGGCCGCCGCGUGGCGCCCGUCGCCAAGGGCUACGCCAGCGACCUCAACUACGACUCGGAGCCCUUCCCCCCGCCCCCCACCCCCCGCAGCCAGUACCUCUCGGCCGAGGAGAACUGCGAAAGCUGCCCCCCCUCCCCCUUCACAGAGCGCAGCUACUCCCAUCACCUCUACCCCCCGCCCCCCUCCCCCUGCACGGACUCCUCCUGAGCCCCGCCCACUGCCCCGCCUCCCCCCCAGGCUCCUCCCCUCUCUGUAAAUAUCAAUUGUGCAUAAUUACAAAAAAGAAAAAAGAGAGUGAGAGAGACAUUUGAAGAGGAGGGCGAAGAAUGUGGGGAUUCUGUACAGUAUGAAAAAAGUUAUAAAGGAAAGGGGCGGGGCCAGGAAGAGCUGUGGAACAUUUGUACAGUUAAAGAAAAAAAAUAUUUAUAUAUUUUCUAUACCACAUCUUCUGGUUGUGCCAUAGAAGUUUGUAUUAAAAAAAAAAGAAAUUUGUACAUUUUUAAAGAAAGAAAAAAAAAAGUUUUAUGAAAUCAUCACCAACAAAAAUACAUUGCCUUAACCCAGGAGAUAAAACAACUACCUUCAUAGAAACCGGGCGAGGGAGGGGGAGGAUGAAAGAUUGAGGAAUGGGACCUUUAUCCGAUGCCAAAAAAACCAAGUUUGCCGUACGUGAAGAAGGAGGGUUCGACUGGGGGGGGGGGGGGGUGCUGUGUACCUGCUGGAGGUGACGGACAGGCGCGGGUCACCACAGAGCUCUAAGCCCCGCCCACUCCCUGUCAGUCAGUGGUUGAGCCCGCCCGGCCGGUCCGCUCGCUGCACGUUGACCUUAAAGGUUGGGAAGGGAUGGACAGUUUUUCUGUUUGUUUAGUUUUUAAACCUCUCUCUGUGUUGGGACGGUCCGCACCCCUGGAGUAAGAUUCAACUGGAAUUACAUUAAAAGGAGACGUCAUACGGAGUGAUGGUGUGCUGCAGGAAGCCUUCCUGACAAGCAAGCUGUUGAAGCAAUAAUGGAUGGGAUAGGUUUGAUGAUCAGCUCUUGCGCUAAACCCCCCCCCCCCCCAACACACACACACACACACACACACACUCUCUCUCUCACACACACACACACACACACACACACUAAGGCUUGUUUACAGUAAGACCCUCCGCAGCAGUCUUUCUCUGAUCUACCUGAGUGGAGGGCGCCCUACGUUCAGACAAACGGGACUGCAGAGGGGGCACAACCCCCGCCCCAACCCCAACCCCCACCCCCCACUACCAGCACAACACCUCCCAAACGCCAGCUGCCCCUCAGUCCCAGGACAGACAGCACAGACCCAACAGCAGACGUUUGGUCACAUGACCCUGUAUCACUCAGCACACAAAGGUCCUUAUAACUCAUCCUCUACGGACUCGGUACGUUUAGAGCAGUUAACCAAAAUGGAUUUUUUAAAUCCUUCUAUUUUUUUUUUUUUUUCCUCCUCUUCUCUUUUUGAAUGCCAGACUGCAACUGUGGACUGAAUCCGUUUGGAGGAACCAAGACCCAAAGUAUCAUUGCAUCUCACGCGGCAUCGCUUGGCUUUCUCAACCCCGUUUGCCACAAGCAGUCUCUGUAGCUACGUCCCCCGUUAGGGGGGCAGAAGACUUCGUUCAACCAAGGACAAGCUAUCGUGCCUGACCCCUUUUAAAACUGUUUUUAAUCAAAUUUUUAAAUCCAGUGCCCGCAAAAUAUUUUCAAUAUUUUUGUACCAUGUAUUGUGUAGAUAUCAUAUUUAUAAGCUAUAAUGAAAUCUUGUAUUAGUUUACUGUAAAAUCUAACAGUUAUGUCCUUGCAGUACUUUUUCCAUGUACGUUCUUACAGUAUAUGCCUUGUGCUAUUUUUCUAUCACGUUUGUCUGAAAGUAUGGAGACAAUCUUAAGACCGACAAUUUGGGAGAAAAAAAAUAGAUAUCCAGGUAUCCUUGUUUUAUUUUCUGCCUCGACACAGUAACCACCCUUAACAUUUCCUUGAUUGAGAAAUAUUUUUAUACACCGUUUGUGUGUGCAGUUAUUUUCUCUACACUUCAGUGCCAAAUAAUAAUUUGUUCGAUUUGAAGUGCAAAGGUCACUAAUAAUCUCUCUCAGUCACUGUCAGUGUCUGUUUCAUUUUUUUUUUUUUUUUUUUUUGCAUUUCUCCAGUCCUGCUCUGCACUCUUUUUUUAAGCUGUCCUUUCCAGACAAAAAUACGAGUUCAGGUUGGCCACUUUAACAGUGAAGACUAGAGAUAUAACAAGGGCAGUAUCUCUGCGGUCAGUUGAGUUGUUUUCUGGUGACUGGUAGUUUUGUAAAGUCACUUUGACAUCAUGCAAAAUUCCAUUUUCAGAAUCUAAUUUAAACUCUCGGACAUCAUAUCAGCACCUGAAUUGCUCCUAAAAGCAGUUGGGUGGUUAUUGCACACACUGUCCAAACACACACAUAUACACGUUUCGCCAGGACAGGGGGUGUUCCACACCAAUACUGAUAUAUUUUAAUAGUUUACUGUGACUGUGUACGAUGUCCUGGCAGAUGAACUGUACCUUUCUCAAACAUUUCACCUGUCUGGACAGCUACACUUCCAGCGCUUGCUGCUGCAUGUAGUUAUUUACCUGUCCUGGAAUAACUGCUCUCUCAAAUAGAACUACAUUCACCUCUCCCUGCAGUCAGAGUAGGAAUCUCACCUGAUUACACACCCGCAACAUCAGGACAGACUCUUUACCUGCAGUCCUCUGCUUUAACAGGUCUUACCUUUGUAUUGUUUUUCCCCCCUCUUUUUCCACUCAUAAGAACAUACCUCAGCGUCAGAUUAUUGCAAUUCAGUAGCAUCUCCUUGGCACGGUGUGUGUUGAUGUAAAAUCGUUCAGCCUUAACCACCCCUUCCAACCCCCCAGUUUUUUUUCGGAGGCCAUUUUAGAAUAUUACAGCUGAUGGCUUCCUGAUCCCCCUUAUGGGUGCGGUUGCCUUCUGCUGUCAAUCACUGACCUGACUGCCAAUCAAACCACUUUGCUCUCCGCAGCAGAUCAGGUUGAAAUCACUGUAGUGGCUGGCAGCUGACGAUGGCUACGCUACGGGACUCGUGUUCGGGACGGGACACCCCCUCCCGCCCCUCUCUCCCUUCCUGCUGUCCUGUGGGAUGGCUGCUGUGUUUUUGCGGCCUUCCCAUUGGAUGUGCUGUGAAACGUGCGUUGCCGCUGGCCCUCAGUGAACAAAGAAGUGUGCGAACAAUCAUUAGCCAAUCGUGUGGGGUCUUCACCAGCACAGUUGAACAGAAUCCACUGCCGUCUGACUGCGUCCUCCGUACAUGUGAGUCCCUUUAAGUGAGCGCACUCCCUGUAACGGGCUGCAGGGGGCUCCACUAUCUCACUGGUCUUUAAUGUACCGCUGCCUGUGGGCUAAACCAGCAUUUUUAGCUGAUGUUCUCAUUCUUGAUUGCACUUUAUGGUACUUUUUUGCUAGUUAUCGGUAUAACAAACGUUACACAGUUGGGAAAAAAAAAUCAUUAUCCAAAACUACUUUUUUCAGCAGAUUUCCUUGCUAUGUUGCAGAUUGUGUGUGUGUGUGUGUGUGCAUGGUGCGUGUUUGUGUGGUUGUGUGCGUGUGUGCAAGUGUGUGUGUGUGUUCAUCUUGGCAUUUUACACAAGUGCCAAUUUCUAACAUUUGAAACUAUUUGGAUAGACAGGAGACUGGCAUGGGAUGCUUAGAUUAGCUGUAGUGUAGCCGUAAUGAGAAAAGUGGUGCAAAGGAAGUUUAUAACAGGAAACCAAAGGAACUGGAGUUUCAUUGGCUGCAACAGCAUGGGAAAUUAGACAAACAUACUGUUACACAAAUGAUCUAUCACUCAUAGUUGGCAUUGUUCUUUCAAAAAGUUAGAAGUAAAGGAAUGCUCUUUUUUCAACUCAUGGUAUUGGUUUUGCCAGUUGUGAUAUGUAAUGUUUUGCAUUAAACAUUGCUUUUGUGAGGCAAACCGAUAGAAUAGACUGCGAAAAUGCAAAUAAAAUGUUUUUAGUGAGCGUUCACCUUGUGAUGGAACUGGUAGGAAAGAUGACUGGUGGUAAUGGAUGGGAUUGCUAUGGGUAGUUAGUAAAAGCACUUUUGGCUCCAUAGUCUUGGAGAACUAAGAUGGGGGGGGGGUGGGUGGGAGAUGGAAAAAUGGUCUUGUAAACUGUAGGGUUUUUUUUUUUUUUCAUCCAUUUUGAUAUCAUGGUGCUUUGCAAGGAUGUAUUCAAGAUGACCAACAUUUGGUUAGUCAUGUCCAUUUUUCCCCACUAAUGCUACUUUUUGUAAAUGGAUUGCUUGACAUGUAAAACGGUGUAUAAAACAGACCUGUACAGCCCAUUCAAUAACUAUUAUAAGCUGUUGUAACAAAUGAAAUGUUGAUUUUUAUAAUAAAAAUGAGUGAAAUUUUAA